AUGGCUGAGACUGAGAGUAGAAAUGCUUUAUUGGAGAAGAAGAAAGAAUACCAUGAGAACUGCCCUGGUUGUGAGAUCGAUCGUCUCAAAGAGGAACAAAGGGGUGUAAGGGACUUUCACAUUGCUGAGAGAGAGGAGGAUAUUGGUUUCUAUGCAGGAUUUGUGGGGUCUUCAUUUAUGAUUGGAAGAGCAUUGACAUCAUUCUUCUGGGGGUGGUUAGCUGAUCGAUAUGGUCGAAAACCUAUUAUAUUGAUGGGAACAUUUUCAGUGGUUGUGUUCAGUGCUCUGUUUGGCCUCAGCACAAGCUUCUGGAUGGCACUUUCUAUGAGAUUUCUUCUUGGAUGUUUCAAUAGUCUACUUGGCACGAUUAGGGUACUCUCUUUGCAAAUGCUGCACACAGGCACAUACGCAUAUGCUUCUGAAGUCUGUAGAGAAGAGUAUCGGUCUGUGGCUCUAUCAGUUGUCAGUACAUCACGAGGCCUAGGACUAAUUCUUGGCCCUGCUAUUGGAGGUUUUCUUGCUCAGAUUGAUAGAAAUAUAGGGCUUAGGUUUCCCUACUUCUUACCCUGCCUUAUAAUAUCAGUUUAUGCUGUGGGAGUUCUUGUAGCUUGUUGGUGGCUUCCUGAGACACUGCACAAGCAUGACAAAAAUGUAAAUGAAAGUUGCCAUUCAUGUGAUGUGCUGGAAGCUUCUACAGAAGAAUCUGAUGGGAUGAAAUAUGUCAUUGAAGUCAAGGAAAGAAAGCCAUCCCAGAAAGCAAAUCUGUGGAGGAAUUGGCCCUUAAUGUCUGCUAUCAUUGUGUAUUGCGUUUUCUCUCUUCAAGAGAUAGCUUACGCCGAGAUAUUCUCACUGUGGGCAGUUAGUGACAAAAAGUAUGGAGGACUGAGCUUUUCAUCACAAGAUGUUGGUGAAGUUUUAGCAAUUUCUGGAUUUGGUCUUUUACUGUUCCAGCUUCUAUUGUAUCCACCAAUCGAGAAAAUACUUGGACCUAUUACGGUGACACGAUUUUCAGCGGCAAUAUCAAUACCAGUACUAGCAAGCUAUCCUUAUAUAGCUAUGCUUUCAGGAAUAACCCUGCAUUUGGUAAUAAAUUGUGCAUCCAUCAUCCGGAAUACUCUAUCUGUGUCUCUUGUCACUGGAUUAUUCAUAUUGCAGAACAAUGCCGUGCCCCAAAGUCAGAGAGCGGCAGCUAAUGGCAUUUCGAUGACUGCAAUGUCUGUUUUCAAAGCGUUCGGUCCUGCAGGAGGUGGUGCCCUUGGUAAUGGCCUGUGUGCUCUACUCGUGUAUUCUACAGCUUUUCUUGGGCACAAAAGCGACAAGUGGCUGCUUUUCUUCCAGUACCCUCUGUUGCCUCCUAAGAAUCUGAUAUCAUGUGCUCUUGACGAGAACACAUUUUGCAGAGGAGCUCAUCGGUUUGCUAUUGACUUUCAAGCCAUUUCUAGCACAACCCCACGAGUAAAGCACUGUUGCUCCUCCUAUGCUGGUGGAGAUUGGCGUGAAAUAUGA